AUGGCAAACUCACGGUCCCGCUGGCCUGGUGUGCUCAGCACUGGCCUGGUGUGCUCAGCGACUUAUCUGUAUUACUACAUGGGUCACAAAGGCAAAUUGGGCCAAGAGUUCCUGGAGUCUGAUGGGAAAUUGAGAUAUGCCAAAAACAGCAAUUACAAAAAUGAUGUCAUGAAGCCGGCCAUGAUCGGAAAAGAGGCUUACCUACAUAAAAGUGUGAUGGAAGAACUAACGAGAAUAAUUGACGGCAGUGAAGUUACCAAGGAAGAUGAUGCUUUGUUGCCUCCUCCAGACCGAGUAGACCGGCAGGAGCUUGAAAUCGUCAUGGAAGCCGAACACGUUUCUCUCACAACAACAAAAACUGGCUCCCUUAUUGAUGUUAAUCAGUCCAAGGAUCCAGGAGGCUUACGAAGAUUUUACUACUUUGUCCAGGAUCUGAAGUGUUCAAGUUCAAAACAGGUCAAGAUCAAAACAAUCUAG